CACACCCAGCCACAUCCUUAAAAUGAACCUCAUAUAAAUACCGUCACGAAAGCGAGGGUUCUACAAUAGUGAAUUACCCACAUAGAAAACCCUCCCAUUAAAAAUAUUUAGCGGAACAGGAAGGAGAGGGCACUGCAUUUCAGUGCAGGGAUCUAGAAUUCCAGAACAAUAGGAUGCCGGGUAGGCCACUGAUUCCAGGUCAGGUCUCAGGACAUGUAACUGGCCAAGUGGGAGGACAGUUGCCUGGUUUAGCACAACAGAAUGGGAGCAGUUUAGCUUCACAGACAUCAAAUCAUGGGGGUAUGCGAAGGUCAUGGCACACAGAUGUGGAUGUUCCUGCAGUACGGCGACAUAUCAUAGAGAGGAUUUUGCAAAUUUUUCAGCGGCACCCAAUUUCUCCAGAGUGGCAACAACGAUUACCUGAAUUUGUGAGGCGCCUAGAGGAUGCUCUAUUUACGGAGGCUGCUUCAAAGGAAGAAUACAUGGACUCGACUAGCUUAGAACGGCGGUUGCAGAUUCUGGUAAGGCGGUUUCAACCUCCAAACAAUCGUAACCAGAAUCGUACUCAUCACAAUCCUCCUCCUGUGGGCCAACAAUGAUAUCAACUCCAAGGUUAAAACAAAAUGGAAAUGUAAACUCAAUAAUUACUAAACCAGGUAAUGAUAUUGCAACGGCUAAUGGUCGUGGCAAUGGUAAUGUGGUUCCCAACACCAUGGGAAACUAGUCCACACAGUUACUGGUCCCUCUUUUCUAUUGAUAGCAAGUUUGCAUGACAUCUUGGUUGUGGUUCUAACAUUUUCUUUAUAGAGAUUAUUGUCAUUUUCAUAAUAAUGUCUAUAUUGUAUUAGAGUCUGGUCAAUGCAAGAAAUAUCUUGUAAUCUAUUCUAUACCUUCAUAAUGCUGCUUUAUAGUGUAAAGCCAAUGUUAUAAAUUGUAUUUUGUCAUUCAGGUUUAUGUUAUAUUUGAUUAAAUUAUACAUAUCUGAAAACAUUUUGUUCUA